AUGUUCACAGGCGAAAUUCCAAACUCUAUCACCAAUGCUUCUCAGCUUAUUGAUAUAUACUUGAGCAGCAAUUCAUUCACUGGCCCCAUCCCCGACUUCGGUAACCUAAGAUAUCUGCUAUUCCUUGGUCUAAGUGACAAUAAUCUGACUGGUGCAGACUCUCCAAAUCAAGAACUGGGAUUUCUCUCUUCAUUAGCAAACUGCCCAAACUUGAUCGUCUUGGAAAUUAGCAACAAUCCAAUGAUGAAUGGUAUCCUUCCAGCUUCCAUUGGGAACUUGUCUACUUCUCUUUCCAGCUUUAGAGCAUCUAACUGCAGCAUCAGAGGUAUAAUUCCUCCUGAAAUUGGAAAUUUGAGGCAUUUGGAAGUUUUGGAUUUAUCCAAGAAUCAACUCACAGGAUUAAUCCCAACUACAUUUCCAAUGGGCUGUACGCCUCUGCUGGAAAGAGUGCCCAGCCUACCCCAAUUCGCAGGAUUGCCACCCAGCCCACCCCGAUUCUUACUCUAUUGCCAUGCUAUGCAGGUUUUGGAUUUAUCCAAGAAUCAACUCACAGGAUUCAUCCCAACUACAUUUUCAAAGGGUUGUAGGCUUCAGUCACUCGACUUGAAUGGUAAUAAGUUGGCAGGAUCGAUACCCCAAUCCCUUUCCAAUUGUCGAAGUCUGCAGGUUCUUAAUAUUGGAAACAACUGGAUACAAGACACCUUUCCAAUUUGGACCGGAAAUCUCUCUGAUCUUCGCGUUUUGAUAUUGAGAUCCAACAAGUUUAGUGGUACCAUUUCUUCUCACACUUCCAAGACUGGUCUUCCAUUCCCCAAGUUGCAAGUUUUGGAUAUAUCCCAUAAUGCAUUCAUUGGCAAUCUGCCCCAAGGAUAUUUCAGAAAUUUCAAAGCGAUGAUGGAUGUGCAAAACAAUCAUCGAGGAGAACAAGGGUUUCCAUUCCAGUAUCCAUAUUAUGGAUAUUCAUUUACAUUAACAGUGAAAGGUUCAGAUAUAGAAUACAAGAGAAUGUUGACAACCUUCACAACAAUUGACAUGUCAUCCAACAGAUUCUCAGGCAGUAUACCGAAUUCCAUAGGAGAUUUAAAUUCCUUGAUAUAUUUGAAUCUGUCUCACAAUUGCCUCACAGGGGGUAUACCUGCAUCUCUUGGAAACAUUACAGAACUCGAGUCGUUGGACCUGUCUUCAAACCGAUUGGAAGGGGAAAUUCCAACGGAGCUAACAAAGCUCACAUUUCUUUCUGUGAUGAACCUUUCCAUGAAUCAUCUUUCAGGGAUGAUACCUCAAUCGAGUGGCCAGUUUCCCACAUUUGACAAUACAUCAUAUGUUGGGAAUUCUGGACUAUGUGGAUUUCCAUUGACACAAAAAUGUGAAGAGCCUUUGCCUUCAUCGAUGUUGAAAGAUGGUGAUCAAGAUUAUGGUAUUCUAGAUGGAUUCUGUUGGCAGGCUGUUGUUUCAGGGUAUGGAUGUGGAUUCGUAAUCGGUCUGAUUGUGGGUUGUCUGAUUCUUGGGUACGGAAGGCCUAAAUGGUUGUUAGAAUGGAUUUACAGAUUUUACAGGAUAAAGAUGAGAAGCCGUAGACGAAAUGUGGCACCACAAAGAAGAUGA